GGGUCCAGGCAGCAGAUUUAACAAGUAGGUGUCUGACAGCCAGGGCCCCAUGCCCAGCUGGAAGGUAUGGCCUUUGAGGAGAUCCUGGAGGAGGUGGGUGGCUUUGGCCCCUUCCAGAUUCGAAAUGUGAUGCUGUUGGCACUGCCCCGGAUCCUGCUGCCUCUGAACUUCCUCUUGACGAUUUUUAUGGCUGCAGUGCCCACCCACCAUUGUACCCUGCCAGCCCAAGACCCUCUCAACAACCUCACCCAAGAGACAGCUUGGCUGGAAGCCUACUUGCCCCGGGAACUUGAUGGUAGCUUCAGCUCCUGCUACCGAUAUCUCUACCCACACUCACUCUCCAACACUAGCCAGGGAGAAGGGGAGGACCCAAUUGUGCCAUGUCCUGAAGGUUGGGACUAUGACCAAUCACAGUUCCACUCUACUAUUGCUACCCAGUGGGACCUAGUGUGCGAGCGAAAGGGACUGAAUCGUGCUGUGUCCACCUUCUUCUUCGUUGGUGUGCUCGUGGGGGCCGUGAUCUUUGGAUACUUGUCUGACAGGUUUGGGAGACGCCCACUGCUUUUGGUAGCCUAUGUGAGCUCACUAGCCCUGGGCCUGCUCUCCACCAUUUCUGUCAACUACAUCAUGUUUGUCAUCGCCCGAAGCCUCACAGGGGUUGCGCUGGCAGGCUUCACUAUAAUUGUCUUGCCCCUAGAGUUAGAGUGGUUAGAUGUUGAACAUCGCAUUGUGGCUGGUGUCCUUGGCAGCACCUUCUGGUCUGUGGGAGUGAUGCUGUUGGCUUUGGUUGGCUACCUGAUCCGAGACUGGCGCUGGCUGCUGCUGGCUGUGACCCUGCCCUGCGUCCUGGGCAUCCUCAGCCUCUGGUGGGUGCCUGAAUCUGCCCGAUGGCUCAUGACCCAGGGUCGGAUAAAGGAAGCCCAAAGUUACCUCUUCCGAUGUGCAGCGCUUAAUGGCCGUCCCCAAGCUAGGGAAAAACUAAGCAUUGAGGCCCUGAGUCUGGUGGCUGAAAGGGAAAAGACGGUUAGAAGGCCUUCCUACCUGGACUUGUUCCGGACACCCCGGCUCCGGCACAUCUCCCUGUGUUGCAUGGUGGUGUGGUUUGGGGUGAACUUCUCAUACUACGGCCUGAGCCUGGACCUGUCAGGACUGGGGCUGAACCUGUACCAGACACAGCUGAUGUUUGGGGCAGUGGAGGUGCCCUCCAAGAUGAUAGUCUACCUGUUGGUACGCUACGUAGGGCGCCGCUUCACUCUGGUGGGGGCCCUGCUGGGCACUGCCCUCACUGUGGGUGCUGGCCUGCUACUGCCCUCCGGGUUGGUGACAUGGAGAUUAGUCCUGGGAGUGGCUGGAAAAGGCUUUUCAGAAGCAGCCUUCACCACUGCCUACCUGUUCACAUCAGAGUUGUACCCCACUGUACUGAGACAGACAGGGUUGGGAAUGACGAAUCUGGUGGGCAGGCUAGGGGGCUCCCUUGCACCACUGGCAACCUUGCUGGAAGGGAUGUGGAUUCCACUGCCUAAGGUCACCUAUGGUGGGGUUGCCCUUCUGGCUUCAGCCACUGCCUUCCUGCUACCAGAAACUCGCCAUGCAGAGCUUCCUGAGACCAUCCAGGAUGUGGAAAAAAAGAGGACCUUGUCAGACCCCCAAGAAGAGGGGAUGCCCAUGAAGGUACUACAAGAUUAAGAUGGGAAGCAUCAUGGUGUUGGGCAAAGAGUACCAGAUGUGGGACCAAGAAUCCUAGCUCUGCUAACUGCUAUGAGGAAUGACUUCAGUUUCCUCAUCUGUAACAUAAGGGGGCUAGAUUAGCUCUUCAAGGUCUCUUGCAGCUCUGAAUCCUGUACUAUAAAAUGAGCAGUGACACCA